AUGGAAUGCAACCGCGCGUCAAUCACCAACCGCCUGUCAGUUCACUUCCCCUUCCCCCCAUCUUCAUCCUCCUGCCGCCUGCUGCCGCUCGGCCACCGCCCAAAUAAGCGCGUCGCCACGGAUCCACCUCCGCCUCGCCGUCCGCCUUCGAUUCUGCCUGGUUUUGGCCGCCGCCCGCCGUUGUACGGCCCGAAUCGACCUGUCGCCACUCCGCCCCACCCCGACCCCGUCGGGCCGCCCCGCUUCGUCGCGCUCUGCCCCGACCCCGACAAGCCGCCUCGGCUCCGCCUCGACCCCUCCUCGAUCUUGUCGCCUCGGUCCCGACUCCGCCCGCCGCCCCGGCCCUGCCCCGACACCGCCUCGAUUGCGCCGUCUCUGCCCCGACUCGGCCGCCGCCCCGACCGCUCCCCGCCCUCGGAGUACUUCUGGAAGCGCGACGCCGAGGAGAAAAAGAAGGAGGUGAAGAAGAAGGACGAGGCCGGCCCAUCGACGGGGAUCCCCAUCGAUUCAUCGGAGGAGGACUGGGUCGAGUCGGAGGAGGGGAAUGAGGGGUGCGACGACCCGGACACAGACGAGUUCUGGGCGCAGUUCCGCAGCUCCGACGAUGAUGAUCAGUAG